AUGCAUUUGAAAACUGGAUUAAUAUUUUUGAUCAUUUGCCUUGCUCUCCAAGUUCAGGGAAGCAGAGAAAUUCCUAAUAAAAUAAACCAUGCUGAAGCCAAACAUCUUGCAGACGCCUCAGGGUCAGACAAAACUGAAAGAACAACAAAGAGGUCCAGAGUAUCAACCAUAAGGCGGAUAUUUGACAUGGCAAAGCACCGAACAAAGAGGUCGUCCUUUUUCUCAACUGGUGUGAAAGUUUGCCCACAAGAAUCUGUGAAGCAGAUUUUAGCCAGUCACCAAGCUUACUAUAGAUUAAGAGUCUGCCAGGAAGCUGUGUGGGAAGCCUUUCGUAUUUUUCUGGAUCGGAUUCCUGAUACUUCUGAAUAUCAGAACUGGGUUACUGCCUGCCAGAGGGAAACCUUUUGCAUAUUCGACAUUGGCAAAAACUUCAGCAAUUCCCAAGAGCAUCUGGAAAUAAUCCAACGGCGAGUGAAACAUAGAACCUUCCAGGAAAGGAAAGAUGAAAUAUCCGCAGAGAAAAUAGGAGGCAAAAAGGUGGAAGAAAUUCCUUCCAUUUCUACAGGCUCCCCUGGCACACCCCUCUCUCCAUAUGCACCUAAUGGCACGCUGCUCAAUGAAAUCGUUAACGACACGAAGACUCCUGUGAAGGAGCUGGGAACAAAUGCAGUCCCUGAACUCCCUGUGGAGCAAAUGGUAGAAUUCAGUGUAACUCUCACUGAUCAGGAAUACACAGCUGAACUUAGUGAUCCCAACUCUCCAGAGUAUCAACAACUAGCUGCCAAAUUUCAGCUACAGAUGAAAAAAAUAUUUGAGAAACUUCCAGGAUUCAAAGAAAUCCGCGUAUUAGGAUUUAAACAGAAGAAGGAGAAAGAUGGAUCAAGCAGCACUAUAGCACGGUAUGUGGUGAACUUUGAGAGAGAUAGCUCAGAAAUCAAAAGCACAGCAGAUGACAUCUCAACUAUUGGAUCUAAUAAAGUUGAAAGUGAAAAAAUUCCAAUUUCUCCAAUGGAAGAGAGGGAGAUAUCAGGAACUAAACUCACAGUAACAGACCUUCAGCAACUGGUUGCCAUUGCACUCCAUGAAGACCAGUCCCUGCCAAUGGACCUUGGGACACUUCAGUUUACUGAUGAAUCUAUUAUACCACCUAGUGAUUUUGAUAAUGAUAUCCAAGGCAUGGUCACUAUUCCUCUGGCAGGCCCUGAUUUGGAGGAAUCUAUGAGUGUGGAACUCCCGCUAGGUUACCCCAGCCCAGCAACAGUGGACCAAAUAGGAGACACCUUGGUUGAUGAAUUUACAACUGGAAGUCCUGCUCUAAGUGAAGAAGAGAUCAGCAUCCCUGAAGAAUUUAAUAAUUUUAUUACAUCUGAACCUGAGUUCCCUACCAAACCCUCCAGAGAACCAUUUCAGGACAGAUCUCUACAAAAAGUUACUGACCACCAAAGUUUCACAGUGCCUUUCAGUGCUCUGGGGAGCACUAGCAGUCCUCCAAAAUCAGAGGUUUCCUAUCUGCCUCCUCCAGCAGAUGAUUCUGCUAGCAGUGGCUUAAUCACCGAUGGUUAUGAGUCUCCAGUGGAGCAGGCUACCACAAUGGCAAUUUAUACCACGGGUAGCUUUACCCCACCUAGUCUGCAAGCCAGAGAUGAGGAUAGUGAACAUGAGGAGAAGACAGAACUGACUGAUAUAACAGAACCACCUUUCAAGGAAGCUGACCAAGACAUUCCGCCUGAGCAAGCAGUUAAGAUCAUGGAAGAACCAGAAUCAUCAGGCGAUGAUGUUUUUGUUACAGCCAGCACUUAUGAAACGUUGCCUUUCUUUAUCGGUUCAAGUGAUCUCUCUACCAUGCAGCCUGAAGGUGUUAUUACAGAUGUGCUUUCAUCAGACCAAAUAGCACCACUGCCUGCAGCAACCAGCCCAUCCUACAGCGCCUCUGAGAUCAUCGAACAGUCCCUCGAAUUACCAGAUUCCUCAGCGCCUACCCCUGAGAGCGCUCCUCCCGAUGGCACUGGGAUGGGAGUGCAGGAUAUCGCUGCCGAGUUGGAUCACAUCGGUGGGCUGAGCACAGCAGCUCUGGAUGAAGGGGAGCACGGCAGCGGUUAUAUCCCAGUGCUGACAACUAAGCCUGCAGAAACCACCCCAGCUCCUACGCUGAAGUAUGUAACUACCAGCUCCAUGACAACUGCAGGCAAAGGCAAAGAGCUAGUGGUUUUCUUCAGCCUGAGGGUAACCAACAUGCACUUUUCUGAUGACCUCUUCAAUAGGAGUUCGACAGAAUACAAAGCACUAGAACAACAGUUCAUGCAAUUGCUCCUUCCAUACCUUCAGUCCAACCUUACAGGUUUCAAGCACUUGGAAAUACUUAACUUCAGGAAUGGAAGUGUGAUUGUGAACAGCAAAAUGAAAUUUGCCAGGACAGUGCCAUACAAUAUCACAGAAGCAGUACACUGUGUUUUGGAAGACUUCUGUGAUGCUGCAGCCCAACACCUCAAUUUGGAGAUUGACAGCUAUUCCUUGGAUAUUGAGCCAGCUGAUCAGGCAGACCCAUGCAAAUUCAUGGCAUGUGACAAGUUUUCCGAAUGCAUAAUGAACGAGUGGACAAAGGAAGCUGACUGCCUUUGUAAACCUGGUUAUGCCAGCCAAGACGGAUUGCCCUGCCGGAGCCUGUGCGAGCUGGAACCGCAUCUUUGUGUCAAUGGUGGGAAAUGUGAGUUAGUUCCAGGAAGAGGAGCUGUCUGCAGAUGCCCUGUACGUAGACACCAGCUUUACCAAGGACAGCGCUGUGCCAAAUUUGCUCCAGAACCCACACAACCCUUCAUUUUUAAACCUCUCGUUCUUGGCUUACUAAGCCUUGCUUUUCUUUUCAUCAUUUUAAUUAUUAAGUUAAGAAGAAAAUGCAAAAGAAACUCUAAUUUGCAAAGGCCUACUCUCAGCAGCUGCAAUUCAGAAAAUGCUGUAAGGAUUAAUCCUGCUUUUGAACACGAUGAACCCAUAUCUAGUUUUUGUCACACGGCUUGCAGUGUAAGUGCUUGUCUCAGUUCCUCAGAGAUCACUGACCAUGAAGCAUUACACGAACUUGAAAACACAAUUCAGCCUGGAGGUAAAAUGCAUGAAAAUCCUUCUCUUACCCCUCAGCAAACAGCCCCACUUGAAAUAACAGGUCCAUCUUCAAGUAUUAACUCCACAACUAAACCAAACUUGAACCUAUUCUCUCGCUUGGCAACUUCAGAACUGAAAAUACUAACGCAUUCAUUGCUUCCCACAUUUACUGCUGUGUAG